AUGGUCAGCCAGCAGCAUCCACAAACCUCGGUGGAGCGACUCCUCGCGCAGCUCGAUAAGGCAAUGACGCAUUACCAGUUGACCAAUAGCUUUUCUUGUGGCGGGUCCCUCGAGGUCCGACUUGGAACUCACUAUAGUGACUUUACAAUUACAAAGAAGCCAGUCAUGUGUUUCCGGCCUAUUGUUUUUUGGUGCAAAGGCAGCGUGUCCAAGCAUACAACUAUCGACUGCUCCUGGACUACUAGCAGAAAUUGGGAAAAUAGUUUGGAUGAGCUGGUCCAAGAUUGCAGUCCUGCCACCUUUGGAUGCGAUGGCGAAAACAUCUUCGACGAGAAGAUUCGCAAAGCCGGCGUUUUAGAUGCAGCCUCCUUUUCGACAAAUUUCAACCCUUACGACUUCGGUAUUGUGGAUGCCGUUGCCCAAGAGCUUCUCCCUGGCCUUGCGAGAGCCGGGAAGCAGCCGGCUGUGGAGCGAUGGGGCGUGGUUGCAGAGCUCUACAAACUGAAUGUGUAUUCGGCGCCUUCGGGCAUGUUCAAGCCACACGUCGACACGCCUCGCGGACGGACUCAUUUUGGGUCGCUCGUAGUUGCAUUACCGACUGACUUUCAAGGCGGCCAGUUGCGGGUUGCUUAUAAAGGUAAGGAGCGAGCCUAUCUCGACGACGGGUCGUUUUGUCGGAGCGAUAUCAACUGGGUUGCGUUCUACAGCGAUUGCGAACAUGAAGUUCUACCCGUCACCGCUGGACACCGCAUCACGCUAACCUACCAACUCUACGUCUCCGAAUGCAUUGGAGGCCUUGUACAGCCCCAACUGCAAAUGCCAGAUUCGAAAUUUUACCCUAUGUAUCGCUGCAUCAAAGACAUGCUCGCCUCACCCACGUUUAUGAAAAAUGGUGGAAUCCUCGGCUUUCAUUGCGUGUACCAGUAUCCCGAAAAGUUCGAGGGCACAUAUUUCUACGAACGCUACCCACGGACCUUAAAGGGCAUCGACGCUGUUAUCUUCGCCAUCUUCCGAGCGCUUGAACUCACUGUUCAUAUAAAGCCCUACGAAGCUGGAAGUAUCAUUGGUGGGAAGAUCGCAGAUGCGAGGGUGCGACUUGAAAGCCUCUUCACUGAAGAAGCCACCUGUGGAAGGCUAGUAGCUAAUGAGUUUGAACGAUUUGAUUGUGGCCACUAUGUUGGCGACGAAAUUUUUGAGCAUGUCAAGUGGUUUAAUGAAAAGCCCGCUCUACAUCCGGCUGGGGAAGGAUGUCUCGAUGUUGCAAAGCCAACUAGGUGGAUCGGCAAUGAAACCGAGGUUGAUUGGGAUUAUUUGUUCCGCGCAUUGUUGGUGGUGGUACCUGCAUCAUCAGACCGAACUCUGAAGACUUAG